AUGCUAGGAGCUAGAGGAUUUCCAGGUUUCGCACCUUCAUCUUCAUCCUGCCAGGGGAUCCGCGCGCUGGUUGCGCACACUGAGCAGGAGUAUGGCUACCGUGUCACGGCCAUCCAGCUCAACUUUCAUCCAAACCACAAGUCCUCACAUAAGCAGCACCGAGACAUCUACGGUGCCGGGCAGAAGGGCGGCAUCAACUGUACCUGCAGCUUCAUGAAGUGCACGGGCACGGUUUGCUACUCCAUUGGCUCCAGCCGGCAGAUCCUCUGUGAAACCAUCACAGACUCGCGCUCGAAGUACGAGACGUGCGGGGAGGAGUGCACUGGCCGGAAGACCUACAAGUGGAUGCAUAGUGGCAGUGCCAUGCACUUCAACGCUCCAUGGAACAACAACCACACGCAUGGAGACUUGUCCUUCUUCAGUUUUGGUGCCGUCGGUCAGGAUCGAAGGAUUCAGAGCUGUCUCAUGUAA